GUCAACGUCAACGGACGUGUGCCCUCGCGAGUUUUUUGAUGAUUUUCGAAACAAAAAUCUCAUACGGAAUACGAAACUUUUUUGAUUUUCUAACCUAUCCACAAAAGACUGACACUCAACCAAGAAGUUGAACCGACACAGUGACUAGUGGGAUAAAUAUAUCUAUAAGCAUCAAAAAUAUUGUAAAACCACCCGCAAAAAUAACAAAUUCCACGCGCCGUGCAAAAGUCUUCUCCCAAAAGGAAAACAACAACAAAAAAUAUUAAAAGAAAACAAACAACCAAAGAAAACGGCAAAGUUUUAAAGGAAAAUUAUUGAAGUGAAUUGUGUAUUGUAUCUCUGUAUUAAUUCUGUGUUUAUGUGUGUUAAAAACGAAAAUUCAAUAAGCAGCAUUUUUUGAGGAAAAAUCAAGCAGAACUCAAUCUUUGGACUAAGACUCUAGCGGCAGCUUUGCCGCCAAGCGAUGAGGAUGAUGAUCAGCUGGAAGCAAAUUUGACACGCAGCCAAGGAGGAGAAUAAUCCAUUGGAAUAGAAUUAUAAAUAUAUAUACAUAUUUCCAAACGACUCGACUCAUCCCAAAUACAUAAAAAACACACCAAAAGAGCGAAGAAGACAUCUCACACAUCCUCACUCUCACACACACACACUCAUACACACACACACAAAUGUGGAAAAUGUUGGAUAUGAUGGAUAUGACCGAUGCCGAACUCUUUAUGUUUGAGUGCGAUGAAUGCGCCGGCAUGCCAUUGGCCCCACCACCACAAUUCUUCCUGCCACCACCGCCAAGGCCGCCCAGUUUGGCCGAAUAUACCGUUGUGCCGCAGGAUUGCAAUGAGGAGCAAUUGGCACAACAGCAAUGGGACAGCGAUGUCUGCCAGGCCAUGCCGAUCUUGGAUGCCAGUUUAUAUAGCAGUCAAUCGUUGGCCACCUCUGCGAUGAUAGCCGUCUUCUCCCUGCUCUUGGUCUUGAUUGUGCUCAUCUCUUCGCUUUUUGUUUGGAAAAACAAACGUAAAGUGCAAAAUCUGUUGCCCUGCAAAACGCCCACACGAGGUCCUUUGAAUGGGGCAAUGCCACUGGGUAGCGGCGACAACUCAUCGCUUCAUCAUCAUCAUCACCAUCAUCAUCAUGGCAUGUAUGAGGAUCCCGAUGCGCAUUUGGGGCACCAUAGGCCAUUGGUCAUGCGGCAUCAUCAUCAUCCGCAUCAUCAUCAUUAUCAGCAGCAGCCACAGCAUCCGCAGCAACAUCACACCGAGCUGUUGCAAGGCAAAAGUAUUCACUACCCAAGUGGCUAUCCAAUGACUCGUUCGCCACCAUUUCUGGUUAGCUCAUCGCCUGGUCCAGAUCCCUAUCGUUCCAAUGAUAAUGUCUACGAGGAAUUGGGUCCCGGACGCGUAGAUUCAGAUGGCGAAUCUGAGCCGCCAUUGCAUUCCGAUGAUGAUUUUGCCGAAGAUGAACUAUCACUGCCAGGUGAAUGUAGUUUCCAGAAGGAAAUCAAUACAAACACAAUGUCAGCCAGUAUGACACCGUAUCACGAGAGGCAAGCAGCUGGAGGAGCAAGUGGGGGAACAACUGUGGCAGCAUCAACAUCUGGUGCAUCCAGCAGUCUCUUGCCCUUGGCGGCCACCCAAGAGCGCCACAGUGUUCUGAGUAGUGGCUCAUCCACAGGACAGGAUGCAUCAACUGCCACAGCCGCCUCCACGACGAGCAACAAUAACAACAACAACAUCAACAAUGACAUGGCCCUGAUGUCUUCUCGCCGGACUCCACGCAUGCGUCAACCACGUUGCCAACCCAACGAUGAUCUCAACAAUAGCAGCUCGACGGCAGAGAUUGCCGAUCUGGCACCACUCUACGAUAAUCGUAGCAAUCUCAUGUCACUCGGCUACAUGGCCCGAUCGACUGCCCCGCAAUUCUACAAUACCCUCGAACACGAAGUGGAGCGCAGGAAUCGCAUCAAUGCCCAGCUAAGCAAGGCACCAGGUCCACCAGCGCCUCUGUCCACCAUCUAUCGGGAACGUAUCCGUUACCCCGGGGCCCAGCAUUAUCCAGCCAAUAGCACCAGUGGCCUCCUGGCGGCCACCAUGCGUACCAGAACCCAACCCCGCAUUGUGGAUCGUCGCCUGGGUCCGCAUCAGCAUCAGCACCAUCGCAUACAUGCUGCUCCACUGCCGCCUUCAGAGCCCGCCUAUGGCUAUGCCGAGCCCAUGAUGUACAAUGCCAACUAUUACUAUGAGAGUGCGAAUCCUAUGGGCGGGGGAGCACGUCCCUAUGCCACUGCUAGCACCACCACCUCCUCGGAAUACAGACAACCCUAUGGUGACUCUAGCUUUGGCUCUGAUUCCGGUUACAGCCACCAUACGCCAGCAAGUUCGAUUGGACGACAGGAUUACGAUCUGGCCGAGCCACAAUUGCAUCUGCAACUACACCAACAGCCACCCUCCAAGCCCAACAAGUUGUCGGCCGCCUUGAGUUUUGGCUGGAACAAGAGCAUUGGCCGCAAGCAGGCCGCCACCGCUUCCGCUUCCACAGCAAGCCAACCGACAAUUGUUUCGGGCAGCAGCAGCAAUGAGGCAACCAGUCCAAAUAAUAAUAGCAGUCCCUGCUCCACAGUCACCUCUCAGCUGGACAACAAUAAUGCCAGCAGUAGCUUAUCGCCGGCAUAGAUGGCUAGCCACUCAACAAAUGUGAAUAGGAGAGGCUUCCUUCCCCUUCCGGCCUCUCUCCAUGUACAGUUAGUCUAAGUCUCCUUGUAAGUUGUAAGCUAUAUAAGUCCUAUAUCAAUUUUUCAGUCCUGCGUGUACAUCGUGAAAGCAAUAGAUAUCUUAGCUAGAACAAAAACAAAAACCGAAAACUAAACUAAAGCUCUAUUUGCCAUCAAGUCACUAAGAAGCAAACCGUGUAACUUUAGUUAAUAAUAUGUAUUUAGCGAAACAAAGAACUUAUAGCUCUUAAGUGUUUUUCCAAUGUGAUUGCCAAAUUCUACAAUAUUUAAAACAAAACAAAACAAAAACCAAUCGAAAGCGAUAACUUAUUUAUAAUGUAAAAAAAAACACUAAAACUAAUGCUAAAUUUAAAUCCCUUGUCAAUACGUUACUUUUAGGUUAAAUUUAUUUUAAUUUGUUUGUUAUUUUAGUUUGGUAAGCAAAACAGAAGGACAGAGACGAAAAACAAGAAAACAAAUGCAAAGAAAUGCCUACAAAAAAUAUA